UCGCAACAAACAGGAAGCUGGUAGCUGAAGUCAUCUUUGGAUUCCUGAGUAGGAAGAGAGAAAUGUACAAUGACAACACUUGUCACAGCAGUAUGAGAUGUACCAAGGGAUGACACAGAAACAUCUGGCUCCGAGCAAGACAGUGAGCCAGAGCUGCCAUGAAUGUCACCGGGCCCCUCCCAACUGCAUCAACCACCAGAUAUGCUGUUCCAAAAGGAACCAAUGGUGCUGCACGGAAGUGUCACAUCUCCCAGACUGCAACAGAUAAAGAAAUACUGAGGCAUGCCAUCAAUCUGGCAUCCGACCGUAGAAGGGGUCGCAGAGCGCGCACUAAAGCUGCAGAGGAGGUUCUAAGAGGAGCUGCAGAGGAGGUUCUAAGAGGAGCUGCAGAAGAGGUUCUAAGAGGAGCUGCAGAGGAGGUUCAAACUCCGUAGCAGUAUCUAAACAUGGGAAAAGAAACAGGAUAACAUGCUUGAGACUCAAGCAUUUGAAAAUGUGAUAACAUACACAGAAACCAGCCUAUAUACACAAACGCUCCAUAAAUGUUCAAAAUGUCAACAUAGCCGCAGGAAGUAGGGGUGACGAGGGUUCUGCAGCACUCAUAAAUAAAUACAUAUAUUUUAUAUAGAAAUAUUUUUUUCAAAAUGUACACCAAAUGACUGCACUAGGCCGUUAUUACCCCGGUAUGAGAGGAGAAAAAUACUUGUCAGCAGAGUAUAUAAAAAUACUCCUCAAAAGUGGAAGUUAAAUUCCCCAUGUCAUUGUCUCCAUUCUAAGAGGAGAUUAAUGAAAAGGGGUAAGUUAUUAGAAAACACAACAGAAAGGAGUAGAUUAUUCUCAUUUAUUGCCUGGGAAUCUCAUGCCAGAAGUGAUAACGUUUUAAAAGCUUGAUAGAGUAAUAAGCAGCCAAACACUUCAUCUAAUCAAGUAGAACGAAACUAAAACUGCUUAGCUCUGCCAUUUCAUGAAUUGACCCUAACGCUCACUAGGUUUCAGACAAAGAGCCCUUGAGGGGAAGAGCUGUCCACUGAUGUCCAUAGAGAAGUCAGUGUAAUGUAAUGAACUCCAGAGUUAAUGUAAUGUAAUGACUCCAGACAUUCUAAAUGAACUCAUCAAAGGGGUGUCACCUAAAGUAAAUAGAUAAUAUCACUAUCAACUGUUUUCUGUUGGUCCUUGACCCCAUAGAUCUGUAACUAUAAUGUGUUGCUGUGUUAAAAUGGAAUCCAUCCAGAUUAACCCUGUUCCUGUUCCAGUAUCUAGGUAACAGAGUGUCGGAGGUGGUGAAGAAGAGAUUGGUAGAUAUGCUCUUCAGCUGGACACUCUCUUUACCCGAUGAGGCUAAGAUCAGUGAAGCUUAUCAAAUGCUGAAGAAACAAGGUAUUGUCACUGUUGACCCGGAGGUUCCUCUGGAUAAGACACUGAUGCCGUCGCCCCCCUCCCGGCCCAAGAACCCUGUGUUUGAGAACGAGGAGAAGAGCAAGCGACUGGCUGAGCUUCUGAAGAGCAAAAAGCCUGAGGAUCUACAGGAGGCCAACCGCCUCAUCAAAAACAUGGUCAAAGAGGAUGAGGUGAGGCUGCAGAGAGCGUCGAAGCGCAGCGGCACCCUGGAGGAGGUCAACAACAGUGUUAAACUGCUCAACGAGAUGCUCAGCCACUUCAGCGGAGACCACUCAACGGAUGGAGACAAGGAGCUUAUCAAAGAGCUUUACGGUGACUGUGACAAGUUGAGGGGGACUGUGUUUAAGCUGGCCACAGAGACAGAGGACAAUGACGGCAGCUUAGGUGCUGUACGGAAGUAACCACCCACAGUGUGGUGAAGAAGGUGCAACAGAGCCUCUUCAACCUCAGGAGGCUAAAGCAAUUUGUCUUGUCAGCUAAAACCCUGACAAACGUAUUACAGAUGCACAAUUGAAAGCAUCCUGUCGAGCUGUAUCAACGCCUGGUACGGCAACUGCACCGCUCGCAACCGCAAGGCUCUCCAGAGGGUGGUGUGUCCAACGCAUUACCGGGGAAAACUACCCUCCAUCCAGGACAGCUACAGCACCCGAUGUCACAGGAAGGCCAAAAAGAUCAAGGACAUCAACCACCCGAGCCACUGCCUGUUCAUCCCGCUAUUAUCCAGAAGGCGAGGUCAGUUCAGGUGCAUCAAAGCUGGGACCAAGAGACUGAAAAACAGCUUCCAUCUCAAGGCCAUCAGACUGUUAAACAGCCAUCACUAGCACAUUAGAGGCUACUGCCUAUAGGCAUAGACUAGAAAUCACUGGCCACUUUAAGGAAUGGAACACUAGUCACUUUAAUAAUGUUUACAUAUCUGGCAUUACUAAUCUCAUAUGUAUAUACUGUAUUCUAUACUAUUCUACCCUAUAAUAGUCACUUAAUAAUGUUUACAUUUCUUGCAUUACUCAUCUCAUAUGUAUAUACUGUAUUCUAUACUAUUCUACUGUAUCUUAGUCCGUUCCGCUAUGACAUCGCUCGUCCAUAUGUAUAUAGUCUUAAUUCAUUCCUACUUAGUCUCACAGCUGCUCCUGCAACACCCUCUACUGCUCAUCCUGUGUCUCCUUGACCUGCCACUACUCCCCAAGUACUCUCUCACUCUCCCUCUCUCUCCGUGUGUGUGUGAUUGUGUGGGCGGAGACAGGUGUGCUGGAGUCAGAGCAGAUCCUCACCAGCUGCAACCUGUUCCACAAUCAAGACCUCUACAAAUACUCAGUCCUACCACUUCCAGAUUGUAAUCUCUGCUCAGUCAGUCUACGCUUCUAGCCGUUUGUGACGAUUACAGCAUGUUAUCCUGUUUUUCUUGCCUGAUGCUGUUUUCCUCCCUGCUACAGUUCCGCCUGCUAUGACUCUGGUCCCUGACUCUAGUUCCACGUCUUGUCAUCCUGCUACUCUGUCCUUGAUUACACACUCUACUACUCCCUUGGAUUCCCCUCCGGAACUGCCUACCCUGUCCCAACCCCUCUCGCUCCAGCCUCAGCCUCCGCACCUGGUUUCCUGCAACCCACCCGAACUUCCCCUGGCCUGCACUCCAUCUUCCCCCUGUGGUUCAAUAAAUACCUUGGUUACUUAA